GCAGUCUGUGGCGCGCAGUAAGCGCGAAUCGACGUUUCCCGCCGAAACGACAGCGAUUUGAACUUCGAACGUUUUUUUUAUUUUUUAAAACUUUUUAUUCUCCGCGCGUGGCUACCGGCUAGUGAGUCUUUUUUUUAAGUGAAGCCAAUAAAAUCUAUUUUUUAUCGAAUUAGUGUUGUGAAUAUGUGAUAAACGUUGUGAUCGAUUAAAGAGACUGUCGAAGGAUUCUUUGUUUAUUUAAUGUUUAAUUUAUGAAAUGGGGGUUUCCAGAGGAAGGAAUAUUUUCAACAUACUUAUGAAAAUGAAUAUCACAACAUGGCUGUCACUCGUGAUAGCGGUGGUGGCGAUGUCGAGUCCAGCUCAAGCCAGCGAGCCACGCGUCGUAUGCUAUUACACCAAUUGGUCCGUGUACCGGCCGGGCACUGCGCGUUUCAACCCGCAGAACAUCAACCCUUAUCUGUGCACACAUCUCAUCUACGCCUUCGGAGGGUUCACCAAAGACAACACGCUCAAGCCCUUCGACAAGUACCAGGACAUUGAGAAAGGUGGCUACGCUAAGUUCACCGGCUUGAAGACCUACAACAAGAAGCUGAAGACCAUGCUGGCGAUAGGGGGAUGGAAUGAGGGCUCCACCAGGUUCUCCCCGAUGGUGGCCGCCAAAGACAGGAGGAAAGAGUUCGUCAGGAACGCUAUCAAGUUCCUCAGACAAAACCACUUUGACGGAUUGGACCUUGACUGGGAGUAUCCGGCUUUCCGCGACGGUGGCAAGCCCAAGGACCGCGAGAACUACUCCAAGCUGGUGAAGGAGCUCCGCGAGGAGUUCGAGAGAGAAGCUGAGAAGACCGGGAAACCAAGACUACUGCUCACCAUGGCUGUGCCGGCGGGCAUAGAGUACAUACAGAAGGGAUUCGACGUGAGGACGCUUAACCAAUACCUGGACUGGAUGAAUCUGUUGACGUACGACUACCAUUCGGCGUUCGAGCCGGCGGUAAACCACCACGCGCCGCUCUACCCCCUGGAGGAACCCAACGAGUACAGCGUCGACACCGAGCUUAAUAUCGACUACACCAUUAAAUUCUACUUGGAGAAUGGCGCAGACCCAGAUAAGCUGGUGCUUGGUAUUCCCACGUACGGCCGUUCGUACACACUGUUCAACCCUGAUGCUGUAGAGAUCGGCUCUCCGGCCGACGGGCCCGGCGAGCAGGGAGAUGCCACCAGGGAGAAAGGAUACCUCGCUUACUAUGAGAUCUGCGAAGCCCUAAAGCCCAAGAAUAAGAAACGCAGCGUUGACGAUGACGAGGAAUCCGAAGAAGAUUCCGAAGAGGAAGAUGAAGAAUGGACCGUGAUGCACCCCAACCCCAAGGCUAUGGGUCCGGUGGCGUUCAGGGGCAACCAGUGGGUGGGCUACGAUGACAUCGACAUCGUCAGGAGGAAGGCCGAGUACGUCGCGGAAAACGGACUGGGAGGUAUUAUGUUCUGGUCAAUCGACAACGACGACUUCCGCGGUAAUUGUCACAACAAGCCGUAUCCACUCAUCGAGGCCGCCAAGGAGGCUUACAUCGCCGGUCUUGGCGCUACGGACAACGCCAUAGAGCGCGCGAGCCCCGCCCCGCGCGCGCCUCCGCGCCGCCGCCCCCGCCCCCGCACCCGGGCUUCUACCACCACCACUACUACUACCACCGAGACUCCGGCUACAGCCGCCAGGAAGAGCAACAAGCGCAAGGGUUCAGCGGUGACGAGCACCACGCCGUCGUGGAACAUCAUCACGCCGGAGCCGCCCACCACGCCUGACCCCGGAUCGGACUUCAAGUGUACCGACGAAGGAUUUUUCCCGCAUCCCCGCGACUGCAAGAAGUACUUCUGGUGUUUGGAUUCUGGUCCGUCCAACCUCGGCAUCGUGGCGCAUCAGUUCACAUGUCCUUCAGGUCUCUUCUUCAACAAGGCCGCUGACUCCUGCGACUUCGCCCGCAACGUUCUCUGCAAGAAGCCGGCCGCCACCACCAAACCCACCACCGCCAAGUCUACCACCAGCACGACCACCACCACCACCACGACGACGCCCGCCCCCACCAGGAGACCCAUCAAGAUCAGCACCAGGAACUCACUGCUGUUCAGGACUACCACCACAACUACCACCACCACGCCAGAGCCGGAGAGUGAAGAAGAGUACGAAGACGAAGCUUUGGAAGACGCUACUGAUAUCGAAGCAGAAGAUCCCAAAGUCAUUAAGGAGCUAAUCGAUCUUAUUAGGAAAGUUGGUGGUGUGGAACAACUGGAGAAGCACUUGCAUUUAUCUGAGAAUUCCGCGAGCACAGAUGGUGCCGUCACUACCACUCAAUCUCCUUUCAAUAAAAAACUCUACCAAAAGGUCCUUGAAAGGACACGGGGAAAGAGCAAGUUCAGUAAUUCUAUUUCUGAUGGAACAUCACAAAAUAGUCGCAGAGGACCACAAAACGCUGGGCUAGAAGCUACUGAUGAUAGAGACAUAUUUGUGAAGAAAGAUCGACCCCAAUAUACUACGAUCAACCGCUCUCGUCCUUCCUCUACCACUGAAGAUCCUUUGGCCAAUGAAGAGGAUGACGAUGAAUUCGAAGAACCACCACAGUUCCUGUCCAGGGCUCGAGCAGUAGAAUCUGAGCCUUCCGUAGCUACAACCGCAAGACCAUUGCAAUAUGUCAAUAUCCGCAGGGCAAGACCAACAACGAUUUCUACUUCGGAUACUGCCGAUGACACCGCAUCUAGAAAUGCAUUAUUCGAACGAGUAGAACCAUACGUGUCUAUAAGAGAGUCACCUAACUCACUGGACAUUGCCAGUGCUAGAAGGGAGAAUAUGCCAGAAUACGUGACUAUCAGACGACAACGCCCUACAACUGAAGAAACCACUACAGCGCAGUAUGAACAUACGGAACUGGGUACAGAUUCUCAAGAUACUGCUCUCGAAAAAGAAAUUUCUUCCCAACCACAAUAUACUUCGAUAGUAAGGGCACGCUCAACAACUCUACCCUCAGUGGAGGAGCCAAGUAGCCCUGAACCAACCACUGUAUUAGCUGUACAAAUAUCAUCUUUGUUGAACUCUCCCGAUGACGAUGAGUUAGAAACGCCUGAACCUGAAACACCACAAGCGACAGAAACUGAAGCAACAACCACUACUUCUACUACAACAACGACAACGACGACAAGUACAACGACCGCAGCGCCCAUUACCGCAUCCACACGCCGCGCAAUUCUUCGGCGUCGAGGUUCCACCACAACUUCAACUACAACGAUACCACCAAGUACCACGCAGGUAAGUUCUAGGAAUUAUACAUUUGUAAGACGCCGCCGUCCACUUUCCAAUCGAAACGAAAUAUCCCCAGACUUAGUAGACACAGAUGAAAAUCUGAGAAAAAUUAGAUCGACUACCCCAGACAGUACAGAAGUAGAUGGAAUUAAAAAUAUUAUCAAUUUACAAUCUCGGCAAAGAUUCAGGAUAUCAACACUUAAUGAUGACUCCGUACCUGCUGCGGCUGCACCCGUAGCUAGAGGUCAAUUCCGGCCAACAUUAUCCCGUGAUGAAAUAAUAAGCUUGACACCAGCGGAUUCAGAUACACCUCAAUUUGUACCUAGACAAAAUUUUGCACAGAGAACAGUAAGUGAAAGGCGGUUCCGCGGAAGAACUUCGACCACGGUAGCAGAUAACAUAGAGGACAGUGAAGUUUCUGCAGCCACUGUUGAAGUAAGACGACCCAAUAUUAUACCUCGCGGUCGUAGUCGAUUUACACUUAGCACAACAGAGACACCUAAAGAAUCUAUUGGAUCCGCGGCGAUCACAAGAAGACCUACGUUUUCUAGGUUUACGCCAAGACCUUUCGCAAGACAAGGAAGUACUUCAACAACAAUUAAAGAAGAUUUAAUUGAUGAAGAAGUUACAUUAAGGGCUUCCCAACGUUUACCUUUUGUAAGACCAAAAUUCCCUAACCAAUUACAAGGUCGCAAAGUACCGUUUAUACCGCGAGUGUCUACUACUGAACAAAUUUUGACAAACGAUGAAAACGUUGAUGAUGAUAUAGAAAAUAAACAGGAUGAUAUUGCUCUUUCGGAAAGUGCUAUAGAAGAAAAAGAACACGAUGAAGACAACUCAGAAGAAAAAGAAGAAGAAAAAGGAGAAGAAAAAGAAGAUGAAAAAGCAGAAGAAAACGUUACUGAAAUUCCCAAGCGUAGAGUAGUUAUCAAAAAAAUAAGACCACCAUCCAGCACUACGGAAAAUAUUGUCACUACAGAAACAUUACCAUCUGAUGACUCUGGGAGAAGAAAGUUACGAAUUAUUAGGAGGAGGCCUACAUCUACAACAGAAGCAGAUUUAAGCUUUAGCUCUACAGAAGCAGAUUUAAGUUUUAGCUCUACAGAAGCGACUACUCUGCCAUCGCCUAAAAUUCGUCGAAUUAUCAGAAAGAAAAUUAGACCUGUAGAAGAUGAACCACAGCCAAAUAUUGUUGCAAAAUCAAUAGGUUCACUUAAUGCUAUUUCGAAAAAUAGUGUAACUACAGAAAAUUUAGUAAAUUACGGAGAAAAAACACGAAAAACAUUAUUACCCUCAUCAACCACUACCGAAGAACCUUCAACUUCAAGCAGUGUCUUGCCUUUGACUGAAAAACUUGAAGUAACUAAAACAGUGGAUGUGUCUGAAACCCCUCAAGAAUCUUUGGAUAACGUUUCGCAAAAAGAUGAAUCUGAUCUCAAUAUAUCUACCUACGAUAAACCUGAAUCGAACUCAACACCUGAUAAAAUCAGUGACAGUGAAAAAGCACUGACUGAUUUGGAUAGUACAAAUAACAACGAUGAAACUAAAGAAAUAGAAUCACCACAGGUCCUUAUAGAAAAUCAAAAGUCUUUAGAUUUAUCUGAAAAUAAAGAACCAGUGACUGAUGUUCCUGUUACUGAAUCAGAAGGUGCACAUAUAGAAACUACUACUGUAAGUACCACACAGCAAACAUCUUCCACUUCUCGAGCUAGACUGCCAUAUAGGCCACCAAAACGUAUAUUCACUACUACAACGGAAUCUUCACUUCCUUUUAGUAGUCGAGUAUUUAGUCGCAAAUAUAAUCCAGGUGUCUAUACAAGUCCAUCCACAGCGGAAAAAUCUGAUUCACUUGGACCAGUGACUAGAAGACCUCUCUUUAAUUCAAAACCAUUUACUAGAAGACCAUUUACACCCUUUAGAACUACAAAAAAAGUAGAAGAGGUAUUGGAAGAGGAAUAUUCUGAUGAAGAAAUCUUAGAUGAAGAACCUGAAAAUCCCUUCGUGUUUGUUCCACAAAGUCAAUUAUUCACUAGAAAACCGAGUAAUACCGCGGAAGAAGACGAAGAAGAAUACGACGCCGAGCCAGAUGCUGAAGAAGUUGAUAACGAGGAAGAGGAACCUGAAGAAGUAAUUCCACCAAACAGGUAUACUACUACUAGUAGAAAACCCAUUUUCAAACCACGUGUUGUUAAUUCAAAUACAUUUAGAGCUUCUGUCUCUACAACGGAAUUACCGAAACGACAGUUUAACAGUAUUCAAAAUCGAACUGCAAUAUUUAAUAGGUUUGGCGGAAAUAAACAAGUUAAUGAUACUAAAAAACGCGUACAAAACGUACCGCUUGGGUAUGUAGCUCCAAUUAGUACGGAUUCAAAAUUAAAUUCUUCUAUUAACAAAGCUGAAAUACCAACCACUGUAAUAUCAUCACUGAAGGAUGAAAAUGAACAAUUUACUACAACUGAUUUAACUUUUGGCACAGAAUCAGACGAUGACGAUUAUUUAUCAAUGACAGAAUCUACCUCUACUUUAUCAGAAAGUACAAACACAUCCGAUGAUAUUACAUCAACAAACAACAUUAACAAUGAAUCAACCACCUUUGAUAUGGACGUAGAUACUAGCACCGAUGAAUAUUUAGAAUAUACAGAAGGUACCACUUCUAACCCGAGCACACAAGAUACUACAAUAAAUAGUCAAACAGAAACUGAAAUUGAAACAGAAGGUAGUACUGACGCAACAACAAUUUCAUUACCAGAAACUACAACAACUCAACCCACAGUUAUGCCAAUCGUCAAAACUCAAUUUGACAAAUUAUUCUCAGUUAGCAGAGUUGUAGAGGUAUCAUCCAAACUAGACAAACAUCGUCUUAAUAAAAAUAAUGAAACAACACUUAUAGAGGAGGGAAAAAUUAUGGUAGAGAAAAAACCUAUGAUUGAUAAAAUUGGUGAAGUUAGUAGAUUUAGUCUUAUUAAAAUAGUUGAAGAUGAAAUACCUCUAUAUUUGACUAAACUUGGGCAUGUCUAUCCAGUAGAAAAUCCUCCUGAAAAUUUGAUUCGUAUUGAUGAAGCAAGAAACGCGAGAGCGUUACGCAAUUUCGCUGAUGCUCCAAGAGAAAAUUUGGUUGCUUCCGAGAGCAUAAAUGAAGCCUAUCGUCACGUGAAGAAUUCUAAUCAAGAUCAAGAAAUAGGUAAUAAAAGCCAGGUUGAGCAUCUUAUAAAUGAUGAUUUUCUCAGUUACAUUAACGAAGAAAAUAAAUCUGAAAAACCAACAGAAACCCCAUUAAGUUCAACUGAUACGUCUUACAAAUCAGAAUGGCAGUUUGUACCUGCCGCGUAUGAAAAGGAACAAAAUUAUCAAGACAGAGUCGCAAAAAGCUUUGAAAUAGUUACUCCACGUAAUAUGCUGACAGAUCCAUCCACUUUACCUUUAGAAUCCCUAUUUAAGACAGAAAAUCCUAUCAUUGGCAGAAAGAGCGGUCAUAACCAAGAAAAGCAACCAUUUGUUGUAUAUUCAGCUUCAGUUCCUACCCCAAACGAAGAAGCAAAUAUAGUAAAACUGGAAGUGUCAAAACCAGAAAUUGGCCGAAGUAUCAUCACGUUUGCUAAAGGUCAAGAGUUCCAAGGAGGAUCCAUAGCUGAUGAAACUACAAUCAAAUAUCCAGUUAGUAUGUCAGUCAUACCUUUGAGCUCAACGCCAUCAAUUUCUACAACAAGGUCAACACCGUCUACAACUACCACGACCACAGAAAAUAUAGCAACUAGUCCAAUCAUUGAUAUAUUAACGACAACCCAAGCAACAACAAUUACCACAGAAACUCCAUCCACCACGGAAGUACCAUCAACUACAGAAACUAUACCUGAAGAAACAACCACGCCAAAAAUUUCACCACUUGAUGCUAAGAGAUCCAAGUUCGCAUUUCCAAGAAGACCCAUUAUUAAGACGAACUUUACACGCCCUAUACCGAGACCCGUGAACAAAAUUAACGCUACGGUAAUCAAUAAUUUAAAUCAGAAAGUCAACAAAACCACAUCCACCGGCUUCAACCCAAGCAAAUCUCGUUUUACUGCCACAAGAUCACAGAACGUACCAGUAGAUACAAGAAAAAAGACCACUAAUAUUACUAGAGUGCCUAGUUUUAAACCGGCAUCUAAAAUUUUUAGUACCGAAGCUCCGAGAACAACGACUGAAAGAAAAUUAUUUGUCAAACCUAUCAGGCCCAGCUUCCGACCAGCUUUUGUGCCAAGAAGAACCACUUUAGCACCUGAAACUACCUUGGAUACGUAAUGAGUAAUUGCAUAAAAAAGGGUCCGAAGUAACCCGGAUUUCUGGCCAUAAACAUACUCUAAUUGACUGAUUUUAAAGUUUAGAAUAUUUAUAUUCGCUGUUUCUCUGAGUCUGGAGAUUUCAAAAUUAGGACUUCAUGUCGUGUAGUUAUAAAGGCAUGAGUUCCAUUUUACGAUUCACUGGUAUGCGUUUUGAAUUUUAUUUUGUUUUAUAAUCCAAGAUGUGUGUAUAAUUCGCACAGUGACAUUUUCUUUUUAGUCAUAUUUUUAGAGAUUCAUAGCUUUAACUAUACUAUAUUUAGAUCUAUGGAAGUUUUUUUGUACCAAAAAUGUAUAUUAUAUAAUGUUAGUUUGUUUUGGUAUAGUAAAGGCUUUCAAGUUACAAAUUGUCUUAGGUUAUAAUUAUUUAAAAGUAGUAUAUUUUAAUUAAUAUUAUUAAUCGUUACCAAUAAUAUUUGUAUAUGCGAGAGUUUAGGUUCGGGCAUUUUAUAAUAAUGUGAAUGACAA